GUGAAGUACUACAAACACAAAUAACAACUGGCAUGCCAUCACAAACCGUUCUCAUUGAACGUACCCGGCACUGCUUCCUUUUCCAGCUCAGCUUCAUCGCCGGGACCCGUACAAACAGUUGCGCUAUCGACAGCUCACUCAUACAGAGCUGCUAGCUAAUAAAAACACCCAUUAAACGGUACCUUCCGCCCGGGAGAGAUAAAGCAAGACGACUCGGUAGGGGUCCGUUUCAGUUGCGUUUUAAAGUCGGGACGAACAGCGCUGCACUGUGCGAGCAAGAUUAGUACGUUUGCGAUGGCCAAUAAGAGCGACAAUCUGACAGCGGUGCUGUACGGCAUUGAGGAUCUGCGCCUGGAGCAGCGUCCCAUUCCGGUGCCGAAAGAUGACGAGGUACUGCUGGAGAUGGACGUCGUCGGAAUAUGUGGCUCGGAUGUGCACUAUCUAGUCAAGGGACGGAUCGGUGAUUUUAUCGUGAAAAAACCCAUGGUCAUAGGUCAUGAAGCGGCCGGUGUGGUGUCCAAGGUGGGCUCGAAGGUGAAGCAUCUGCGGGUCGGUGAUCGCGUUGCGAUCGAGCCUGGCUACGGUUGUCGCACGUGCGAAUACUGCAAGGGUGGUUCGUACAACCUCUGUGCGGAGAUGAUCUUCUGUGCCACCCCGCCGUACGAUGGCAACCUUACCCGGUACUUUGCCCAUCCGGCCGACUUUUGCUACAAACUGCCCGACCACGUGACCAUGGAAGAGGGUGCCCUGCUGGAGCCGCUUUCGGUCGGUGUGCAUGCGUGUCGGCGGGCAAACGUUGGGCUCGGUUCGCAGGUGUUAAUUCUUGGAGCGGGACCGAUCGGUCUGGUGACGUUGAUAGUGGCCAAAGCGAUGGGUGCGGGCAAAGUGCUCGUUACCGAUCUGCUCCAGAACCGGCUGGACGUGGCGAAGGAGCUGGGUGCUGAUGAAACGCUAGCCAUACCGAAGGACGCUACGGAGGCUGAGCUGGUGAAGAUCAUACACGAGCGCAUGGGCGGUGCGCCGGAUAAAACGAUCGACUGUAGUGGGGCGGAAUCGACGGCCCGGCUUAUGAUCCUGGCCACCAAAUCGGGCGGUGUUGGUGUGAUGGUGGGCAUGGGCGCAUCCGAGGUAAAGUUGCCUCUAGUCAACGCACUUGCCCGAGAGGUCGAUAUACGAGGCGUGUUCCGGUACUGCAAUGACUACCCUGUCGCUUUAAGCCUGGUGGCCAGUGGUAAGGUGAAUGUGAAGCGGCUCAUUACGCAUCAUUUCAACAUCGAAGAUACGGCCAAAGCGUUCCACACGACUCGCCACGGCGUCGAUGGUGCAAUAAAGGUUAUGAUCCAUGUACAACCGAAAGAUAAAAAUAAUCCGAAAUAGAUAAGUAUGAUGGAAUAUAGAGGCAAACAAAGUGUAAAAGGCUUAUACAGAACAUGCAAAUAAAUUGCACUUAGCAUAUAAUUGUAAAAGAGA